AAGCUCAUUGCCCAUUCGGAAACGUUGUUCAAAGGUGAAGUGCGACAGUGCUGUUCGGAAAUAUUAUUUGGGGAUGCACCUCGGGAGGAAAAUUUUCCACCCUGGGAUACGUUCCAAACCCUGCCUUGGUUAUCAAAAUAUACUAUAUUUCACGUCACGUGUACUAUAGUUUUUGAUUACCAUAGAUAGUAUUUUAGGAACGUAUCUCAGCUUAGGAAGCAUAUAGCGAUGAAUUACGGAUUCGCGUUCUCUUGUGUUGUGAUUCUUUCCGCCAUAUUUACGAUAUAUUCCACCUCUACUCGCUAUUGAUUCUGUACACGUCACACAAUGGCGCUAUGAUUUAGCGCAAAAGAUCUCUCCGCGAGAACGAUUGUGUUUACAGUUAUUUAUUUGCAGUUCAUUCUCCAUUAAAUUGCAAUUAAUUGCAAUUCCGUAUAUUAGAAUUUGGAAUGUGCGUGCGUCGCAGGCCGUGCUGUGUGUGAAAAACCGCAUCGGACGAUCCCCGAGCGUGCUACUCUCCUGUGUGAAGUGUGUCAGUGAAGGGACCGUAUAAGUAAGGUGUCACGCGGACGCCUGAUCCGGAACCGAGUGACAGUCCCGGUUAAGCAAUGGGGAGCAACACAGACGGCGACAACAUGAAUCUGAGCGAGAACGAUAACGGCGACGAGUUAAGAAUCGCCGCGGACGAGACGUACGACACCAGGAGCGAAGUGUCGUCGAGUAGUUCCAAUUCUGACUCCAGCCAUCCUACUAUUAGUUCUGUCUCCAGCAAGUCCUCCCGAAGUGACAGCAAACAUAGCCGAAGAAACAGGAACAACAAACGAAGCAGAUCAAGAGACACCAAGUCGUCCAGUCCAGAAGUGAAGCGAGCUAGAUCCAAGGAGAGCAAAGGCACCAUCAAGACUUAUGACUACACCACCAAGUUGAAUUACUUGUUUAGAGAUGCAAGAUUUUUCAUCAUCAAGUCCAACAAUGCAGAGAAUGUGACAUUGUCCAAGGCCAAGGGAGUGUGGAGCACUCUUCCGCAAAAUGAAGCAAAUCUGAAUCAAGCUUACAGAGAAUCGCGAAAUGUAUUGUUGGUGUUUUCUGUGAAGGAAUCGGGAAAAUUUGCUGGUUUUGCAAGACUCAGUACAGAAUCGAGAAGAGAUGCUAGUCCAAUUUCUUGGGUUUUGCCUCCUGGUUUGUCUGCAAAAGCUUUGGGAGGUGUAUUUAAGGUUGAUUGGAUUUGUAGAAAGGAACUACCGUUCACGGCCACGUUACAUUUGUACAACCCUUGGAACGAUGGCAAACAAGUUAAAAUUGGCCGAGAUGGUCAGGAAAUAGAACCCAGAGUUGCCGAGGAAUUGUGCAGAUUAUUUCCGGAAGAUGAAGGAAUCGAAAUGACACCUAUUUUGCGAAAAUCGAAAGAGGCAGGAAAAAACAAAACGAAAUUCUCGCGUUAUCGCGCCAAAAAGCCGAUAAGCAGUUCUCGAUUCUUGCGGAGAAGCGGACGAGGACGCAGGUUGUUUCUGACUUCGAGAUCACGCUUAGCCUCGUUGGCCCGAAGUUCGCACGGCACGGGUGAUCACAGGAGUUCUAGGGACAGUUCUCAUCGGUACGCGCCAUGGAUCAUUCGAGGAAGUUCGCCUUAUACGAAAGGUUACGGAUCUAGUGGACUAGGUGUAGCUGCAGUUGCGGAGGCUUACGUCGCGGAUUACAUGCGUACUAUGCAACAUCAGUUGCCCCCGUUGCCGCCUUACGGUCCUUACGACGCUUUAGCACCACCACCACCUCCUCCUCCAAGAUAUUACGACGGUUUGCCGUUACCUCCGGAUUAUAGCGCGACUACGUCAGCUUUGGAUAAGCGUAAUUACGAGAGAAGCGUCGAUGAAUUUCUAUGGAGAACAACCAGUCGUCACAGUCGACACAGCGAACAUCGUUCUUCUCGCGAUCAUCACAGAUAUAGAGAUCGCAGAUAAGAAUCGAGUUCAUGCCGUAACACUUAUCGACACCCAUCGAUUUCCAGAUCGUGCUUCAUCGUCGAUAAAAAUAAAUUUAAGCGGAAUAAACUAUUGUAACAAAUUGUUCAUUAGAUAUCUUGACUUAAAUUGAAAAAUCUUGAUGAUCUAUCAUGAUUUGCUGCAAUUACUUAAAACAAAAAUUUAUAUUACAAAAAAAUAAAGUUCUAUAUAAAUUAAAUUCCUAUAUUGAAAACUAGACUAUACAUUAAAUUAAAUUAUACUGAAAAUAUAUUAUAAAUAAACAAUUUUGACUUAAUCUUAAAUAAGAUGUCAGAAUUUAUGUGGUGUAAUCUUCUUCCUGGAAGUCAUUAAAUUUCUAAACACUCUUCGUUUUUGGGAAUCGACGGGUACAACGUUAUAAAAAACAUUUGCAAUCAUGCCACUUAAUCAUCAUUAACCCGUGUAGUGUAAUCCUGAAAAAAACAUAUUCUUUCUAUUAUAAAGCACUCAGAUUAAUUAAGUUUUGUACUCUAUUAGAUAUUUGUACUCCAAUAUACUUUCUCAGUGGUUUUUCAACAUCUUUUGCAGUCACACGAAUAAAAUGCAAUAAUAUCGAGACGUUUCGCUGUUCAAUCGGAGAAAGAUAUACAAAUAUACAUAAUAAAAAAUGAUCUCUUUCUA